AGCUGCCGCCCCAAGUACCGCCCCCAGGCCCGCCGCCGCUGCCGCCGCCGCCGCUGCUGGCGCCAGCAUUGACAUCGCCUGCCUCGUUAGAUUUCUGGGCGGCGGAGGCGGAGGCGGCUGCGCCGCCGCCGCUGCGGCGCAGCGGUGCAGAGGCAGGGCCUAUCCGCACUUCCUCAUCCCCCAUUCCCGGAUAA